GCCGAGCGUUGGCCCGAGUCCUGCGACACGGCCCCCUGCCCCACGCUCGGCCGGGUCGCCUUGCCGAGGCAGCUUUCUUCCGGCCCGUGCGGCGGGAUUCCGUGGAGAGCCCCCCAACACACACAUCCCGAGAGUCUCUGUAGAAGCUGAUAUCCAUCACCAUCCUUCAAAAUGCAGUGGAAUGUACCACGGACUAUGUCUCGGCUGACACUCAGGACAUUCUCAGAACCACAGAAAGCCAGGCUCUUUGAACACCACCGGAGCAUAAAAGAACCGUUACUUUGGCGUAGAGGUGAAUGCAGAGUGGUUUGGACACCACACCUUCGAAAGCAGUGGCUUCAUUUACCUGCUGUUCAGUGCCUUGCAACGCAAAGGAAUCUAUUAGAUGCUCAGCCACCCCAACUAGGAGUCCUUCGCCAGGAACGAUGGGAGCAGGAUAUUUUAUCCAAGAGGGUUUUAUCUUCCAGUGCCACAUCCCGAGACUCUCCAUCCGAAAAAAAGGAAGAGCAAGAUCCUUUACAAGACAAGUCUAUUAGUCUUUAUCAACGAUUUAAGAAAACCUUUAGACAAUAUGGAAAAGUUUUAAUUCCUGUGCAUCUAAUAACUUCCGGUAUUUGGUUUGGAACAUUUUACUAUGCAGCUAUAAAAGGAGUGAAUGUCAUCCCUUUCCUAGAGAUGUGUGGAUUACCUGACAGUGUAGUGGACAUCCUGAAAAACUCCCAAAGUGGGAAUGCCCUGACAGCAUAUGCCAUGUUUAAGAUUGCGACACCUGCCCGCUACACUGUGACCUUGGGAGGAACAUCCUUUACUGUGAAGUAUUUGCGAAGUCAUGGUUACAUGUCAACUCCACCACCUGUCAAGGAGUAUUUGCAGGACAGAAUGGAAGAGACUAAGGAGCUCAUCACAGAGAAAAUGGAGGAGACAAAGGACAGACUCACUGAAAAAUUACAAGAAACCAAAGAAAAAGUUUCUUUUAAGAAAAAAGUGGAAUAAGGGUGCCUUAUGUAAGAUGUUAGAGAAAACCCCACUCUUUAACCCUCUGGAGACUCUGGGCAAAGAAAGUGUUCUGAAUUUUUUUUUUUCUUCUUUGGUUACUUGCCUAAAUGUAUCAGUCCUCUGAGGGUUAAAGAACAGAGAUAGUUUUUUGGCUUUGUUUUUAAGAUAAAUAACAUUAGGGAAAAAAAUCAAUGUUUUUCAAAAUGAAAUGAACCCAGCAUACAAAUUGUAUAUGAGUUGCAGCAGUAAGCAGUAGUUAACGUCCUGGAAGUCAGAGUUCUUUUUCCAUAUCCUCAGAAUCAAAUUUGCUUCCUGGUCUCUGACCCCUGCAGUGUGUGUGCUGGGCAUUCUACGCCCAGAGUCCAAAGCAGUAAGUUCUGUGGGGAUGAACAUCUACCGUUCCGACCAGAGAAGGUACCUACCGGCUAACAGGUAGAUCUUAUUUCAAGAAGGCUAUCUAAAUCCAGUCUUAUGUUUAUAAGAUAUAUUGGUUAUGUGAUGAAAUGGACCCUUGUAAAAUGGUUUUUAACUGGAGCUUGUCAAAAUCACAUUUUUAAAGCAAAUUCUUUUUCAAACUUGACUAUGCAUGGUGGUUGGACACUUGGGACUGUCAGACUUUCUUGUAAUUCACUUCUGUCUUCUCCAGCUAAUCUUUGGAGGAAAGUAAAAGUUUUUUUUAUAAACUUUAUUAUUGACAUCACAUA